AUGGCUUCUGGUACGGCUGAUAUGAGGGAGAGGAGGAGAGAUGCUGACCGAGGAGAGGGCUUCUGCUGCCAGUUGAGGACUUGUGAGGUGUCUGUUUCUCAAACUAGACACCCUUGUCCUCUUGCUCUCCGUUUCCUGUAUUCCACGAUCAGCUCCUUUGUCUUGCUAACGUUGAGGGAGAAGUUGUUGUCCUCAGGCUUGGCCCAGUUAAUAAGCUUCUGGUGCCAGACUCCAACUGAAUCGAAUGCCAACGCUCUCUCCCCUGUCUCUCCAGAUGGUAAUUCGUUCUUGAAGAGACACCAGGCAGCGUUGGUCCAGCGCCUGAAGAGUGUUGAGUCUGUCCUGGAGCACCUCAGAGAACAGAACGUCAUCAGUGGAGAGGAAUACAGUGGUCUCCAGGGCCAGUCCUCCCAGCAGCAGACAGCCAGACUGAUAGACUUGGUGCUGACUAAAGGGAACGCAGCAGCUGAGGUCUUCAGGAACUGGAUCCAGAAGAACGAUGUCUACCUGCUCAGAGACCUCAUGGCCCAGGCAAAUGAAGCCUCAUCACCAAGUCAAGAUCUCUCAGAACUGCCGAUGGAGGAGCAGCUACGGCGCCUGCAGGAGGAGCGGACCUGUAAGGUGUGUAUGGACAAGGAGGUGAACAUUGUCUUCAUCCCGUGUGGUCACCUGGUGGUCUGUAAGGAGUGUGCUCCCUCUCUGAGGAAAUGCCCCAUCUGCAGAGGACUGGUGAAGGGCACCGUCCGAACCUUCCUCUCCUAGAAGACCGAAGAGGAACCAGGCUUGAUGUUAGGCACUGGUAGAUGUGUGUGAAAUAAAAUAAAAAUAUCAUUCUCCUCAG